GACGUAGCCUGACAGGUCUUUUCUUUAACCAAAAGUGUGUGUGUGUGUGUGUGUGUGUGUGUGUACGGGGGAAUACGCCACUUUAUUCUGCACACUGAUUAAAUGACCAGAGCGGUGUAUGUGUAUGUGUGAGUGUGCGUGCGUGUGUGUGUGUGUGUGUGUGUGUGUGUAGAGCCUGGGGGCACCAGGGGUGGUAAGGAAUCACUUAAACAUAAAGAACUACAUGAUCCCCCCUCUCUUUUUCUCACCUGCUCACACACACAAACACAUCCUCUCACAGCGCCAGUCCAAGACUCGACCCCCUCCCUCCCCUCCCCUCUUCCUCCUCCCUCCUCGUCUUCUCCCCUCUCCUCCCUCCUUCUGUCCCUGGUCACCUUGUGAGGGGCAGCCUGCUCUGUGGCACAGCUGCAGAUUAUGUCAUUAUUUCUGGACCAUUUUGGUCUCCCUUCAUAUGUGUGUGUGUGUGUGCGUGUGUGUGUGUGAGUGAGACUAAUGAAGCGUGGCAAAGGGACUCAUGCCAAAAUGACCAGGGCGUGCAUCAGAGCUGCAGAUGUGUCAAAGCAACCCCCCCUUCCCACACACACACACACACAAACACACACACACACACACACACACAAACACACACACACUUCCCUUUUUCCUCUCCGGUGGCAAACUGUUCUUCUUUCAAUCCAAUCUGCACUUUAUUAUUUUUCUUUCUUCUCCUGCCAUCUUGUCCUCUCCUUCCCUUCCUCCUUCCUCCCUCUAUCUAUCCAUCUUCCAUCCUCCCUCCUUUGCUCUUCGGCUCCUUCCUCCCCUCUCCUUUAUUGUUCCCCCGCCCACCCACACCCUCCUUCCCCUCUUACCCUUCUAUUCUUCCUCUCCCUCCCUCCCUCUGCUCUCCUCCUCUCCAGAUGUCCUGUUCCUAUCUUCCAGACUCCCUCGCUCCUUUCUUUCCCUUCUGCCUCCUGCUCUCUUGGGCUCUCAGAGCUGGGUUGACUUCCUGACCUCUAGAGGCCCUGUUACAGUGCUCCAUGACCCCCCUUUGGUUUGCAUCUCUUUUGCUCUCAGCCUCCCGUCCUCCACGCUCACUCACUGAUUUUCUCUGUCCUUAAACAAGGGCUUGAACGGUGAUUUUCUGUUAGUAAUUCCUCUGAGUAAGUCUCCUUUUGCCUGUGUCUGUUGUUCGCUUGAUAAAGCUGUAAACGGCUGCUGCGACCUCCAACAUCUUCGGAGCUAAGGUAUCGCAAGAGGGGAGGAAAGACAUGUCAAAGAGGCCCUGAUAUGAUAUGAAUUAGCCUGUGUGUGUAGUUGUGUGUGUAUGUGGGAGAAUGUGUGUAGGAGUGGGGGGUUGAGGCGAGUAAAGGUGUAGGGAGAAACAAGGAAGAUAGGAUAGGAGAGCGACUUCAUCAGCGUCUUUGACCCUGUCCCGUCCUUGACUCCCUGGCGGAGGUGCACCUUGAGAAGAGUCCAUGUGACGCUAGCGUUUGUGCUCAAAUACGUUCAUGCACAAUCUGGACAGCAAGACGGACGUGCACACACACGCACCGAAAUGUACGUGGAUAUACACCAGCCCUUCAAGGCUCAAUGUUCUCAAGGCUAUCAGCGGAGUGAGGGUGGCUGGUGUUUGCUCAGCUUGAGGCCUGUUUCCCGUUCCAGAAGGCACUCAAGCAAGAGCGAAAAUGAAAUGAAACCCGUGUCAGGGAUAAAAGAUUUGAUCGGAUUCGGGAAAAGAGGAAGAGUUUUAAAAAAAUGUAUCAGGAAGAAAAUGAUCACGAAAAGGAUUCACUGUGGCUCGUCUCUUUCUUUCCCCUUUGUGUUGGUUUGACUUUUCGGAGCAGUGGCACUGUCUUAUCAGCGGGAGAAGAGGGGGGUUAGGGACAAGUGCAGCAAGGGGUAUGAAGAAAGGGGGACAUGGGUUGUGUUUGUCUAAAGUGACAGUGUGGUCCAAGGGCUUAUCAAGGCCUUUGUAGAUUAUUGAUCACAGUAGAUAUGUGAGGCACGGGGGCCAUGUGUGAGUGCGUGUUCGAGGUUCGGGAAACUCUGGUUUGACUCACUGAGAUGUCACAAGUGUGUCCAAAUCUGGUCAGUGUCAGCAGGAAUGAAAAUGUAGGAGAUUCAACAAGAUUCUUUAGCUUUGCAUUAUUUUUUUUGGCAGCGGCAGCAGCAGCAGGAAAAUCAGACAAUUGACAAAUGACAAACAUCCCAAAUGGAUUAACAAACAUGUACAAUGGCCACAAAGCAUGGGAAGUGUUGGUAUUCCCAGGCCGAGCUGGGGUUAGGAAUUAACCUGGCCGGCUGUGGGGGCUUAUGUUGUGUCCCUGCAUUUCAUCCUUCAAGGCUGCAACUCGCUUGCGCACACACUGACUUACACACACAGCCUUUAUCUUCCAGGGUCUUGUCUUGUUUGGCCAACACUGUGCAAAUAGAAGGUGCAAUACAUCUCCUGACAGUUCCCAAAAGCAAAGGGGGGGGAGACAUGUUGGCCAAACAAACAGCCAACCCUGAGUCACCGAGAGAGAAGAGAUUUCUCAGGCUUUGACCGAAACACACGCAAAGACACACACUUGCACCCUCUGUGUGUGUUUCUAACAGUAGCCCUUAUUCAAGGGUUUGGGCCUCUGGCUACCUUUUUAAACGUUUGUCUAAGCAGUCUUAAGACAGCAGGCUGCUGCGGCUGGAGUGAAUAGCUCCCAGCAAGCCGUCCACAGGCUCCUAUUGUCCCCCGUCAUAUUUUAUUAUCUCAUCAAAAAGCAGGAAAUCCGAUUCCCGCUCUCUGAAAAAGAGCUUAUCCUUCUGUCUCAAAGCAACCUGUCACGAGAGAGGGAGAUGGAGAGAGGUGGAGAGAAUGGAGUAGAGAGUUGUGGGGGAGAAGGGGGAGACGGUGAAUGAGAGUGAUCAACUGCCUCAUUACUGCCUCUUGUAAAGAAAGAGAUGACCCGCUUUCUCUUUCGUUCUCUUAUUUUUGUCUUUCUUUUUUAUCGAUGGAGACAAUACAAAGGUUAGGAAAGUGAGCAUUUAUUUGUCUUUGCAAUUUUUUUCUGUCUAUGCCGAUCAUAUUGGGUUACACAGCGGCAACAAUGAUAUCCCUUUUCAUGAACGUUUUUGUUUAUUCUUUCUGUCCUCCCGCCUUGUGGCACAAAAACACUUUCUUUUUAGAUUAUUAAGCUGUGAUUUCAUCAGCAUUAAGUGCAUGAGUGCUCUUUCAUUGCAACUAAAUUUUUUGUCACUUUUUUAUGAGGAAAAUAACUUCUUGCUGGGUGUUACAGUCAUUUUAGGGUUGAUCAUCCUUCACGAUGGAAUCUGAAAAUGUCAGACUUCUCUUCUAUUCAGCCCAGAACUUAUAAGUUACAACAUUAUGUAUUAUUCAUUAGUUAUUUUCUUUUUUAUCUGAGGUAGAACAAAAGUUAAAUUGCGGUUGUUGACGGGGUAAUCCAUGUUUCCCACUGUGUGACUGUCUAGAACCACUUCAAUAUCACAAAUCCACAACAGUCGUCACUAUAUCUACGUAAUUACACACUGCACCCAAAAAACGGAGUAAUAUUGAUGUUUAACGGCAGGGUGCCACACACACACACACAGCACUGUUUGUCCUGUUAGCUUUGAUGCUACAAGGCAUGAUGAGGGUGUAAAUAUUCAGGGUAUAAGGGUUGUACGUUGAUGUUAAAAAUUAGUGACAAUCGUGAAAGACGGUUGAAAGCGUUGUUGUGCUGCCUGUUUGCCUUUUCUACCCACCAUUCCUCACACACUUACUCCUCUAUCCUUCACUCUAUGUGUCCUUUCCUCUCUCCAUCUCUCUCUUCUCUCCUUUGUACAUCUGUCUUUUAAUUUUGGGGCUCUGCUGAGAAGUUGUUAAAAAGCCCUAUGAAAUAUGUAUGAAGGAUUGUGAGCCACGCGAUUGGCCCCAUUUACCGGACAGCCGAGCGAAUGAACGACCACACUGGAUAAUCCCCCACAAUACCUCUGGAACAAAGGCCCAACAGCUGACCCUAGAGAGAGAGAGGGAGGGAGGGAUAUGAAGAGAGGGGGAGUGAGGAGGAGGAGGAGGGGGAUGGAGUGGAAGAAGGGAGGAGUUGCAAACAGUUGAGGCUCACCACUUACUCACAAGAAGACUCACAAAACAAAGGCUAGUGGGACAGGAAUAACUCUCUGUGUGUGCUGUCGCUCCACUCCCUCUCCUUAGACUCCUUUCAGCCCCCUCCUUCUCCUGUCGUCUCUCUCUCUCUCUCUCUCUCUCUCUCUCCCUCCCUUUCUCACUCUGCCUCACUCGCUCAGUCAAGAGGAUCUGAAAUACCAAUACCCUUUUCUCCUUGACAUUGCUUUCUCCUUGCAGUCAGCAUUUUGCUGUCCUUUUAUAGUCAAAACGUCAGGAGAAAUUCCAUGCAGGAAUAUUCUUAGUAAUGCGGCACUCUCUGCGUCUAACAGCCAGGGUGCUGCGCCGCAAACCGGUCGGUCAGCUAGGUCUUCUGGGAAAAAGUCGCACAUAUACCUCACAGACACACAGAGUUGCCCUCUUGGCGGGGUCAUUGUGCCAGUAUUUCAGAGUUGACAGCAACCCAAACAAUGAAUUACACCCAUUUCAGAGGGGAAUUUAAUAUUCGGGGAAUUGGGUUAGCUUGUGUGUUUUCUUCUCCUCUUUUCCAAGCACAAAUUUUCUCUCUCUCUCUCUCUCUGUCCCUCUCUCUCACACACACACAGUGCACUGGCUCCUUAUUUAUGUCUCACCUUUUCAGUGCAGCAGUGGCCACAGAUAUGCACACACACCACACACAUGGGCAUCUUAGCCUCCAUUCAUCACCCUGAGGGGGGUGGCUGGCUGUCCCAUGUGUGCAUGAGUGCGUGUGUGUGUAUGUGAAGAAGCAUGUCUGUGUGUGUGUGUGUGUACAUGUCCGUCUAUGUGUGUGUGUGUGUGUGUUCCAUUGGCCACUAACCUUGCUGUGUCCUGACACUCCUGAUGAGUAUCUGCAGGACACUGGAGGAGAGGAGAGAAACGGAGUGCGCACUGUCAGGCAUUUGGGCAAGCUACUGCUGCUGUAUGUACGUGUGUGUGUGUGUGCGAGGGAGAAAGAGUGUGUGUGUUUGUGUGUGUGUGUGUGCGAGCAUCAAGGGAGGAGGGCCGGGAGACAGUCAGCAUUAUCCAAGCAGGUGACCCCUGAAGGCUGCGUCGCCCCGGAGCUUUGAGUCGAGGAAAGAGACUCAGCCAAAUACACCCGGGUACCUAAUGUGUGUGUGUGAGUGUGUGUGUGUGUGUAGCAUUAUGUUGAGCUCUGUAACAGUACAGGAUGUGUCAUCUCCUUGGCACAAGGAGGUGUGCGCACUGGUGUGUGUACUCACGCUUGCAUGAGUGUGUGUGUGUGUGUGUGGAUGUGUGUGACAGAGUGUUGGCUUGGGGGAAGGUGUCACAGAUCUUUGCCAGACUAAUCAUCUCCAUGGUGUCGGUGAGCGCUGCUGUCAGGGACACUAAAGAGGCGGCGUGUUUCCUCGUUCCCAAAGCAUUUAGUACUUCCUCUUUCGCCAGCACCUCUCUGAUGCUCUUCACUCAGCCACUCUCUUGUUUGGUCACAGAUUUACAGUGGGACUCAUAAAGAUGUCAAGCUCGCCGUGUUGUGAGGAGGGGAAGUGGGAGGUGUGAGAAACCUGAGAAUUCAGAAGAACUGACUUCUCGUAGACUGACAGCUUUUUAAGGAAGUAGAUACUUAAGACACAGGAAAUGUAUGGUUUUACAUCCACUGUGAAAAUAUGAAACAUGGCUAUGAAGGCAGGAGAGAGUGAAAUGUUGAAGCUACAGGGAGAGGCGCUCGUGGUGAGGUAUGAUAGGAGCCUUUUGCGUCUGAAAACAAAUACUUCUAAUUUUUGAGUUAACCCUGGACCAUUCCCACAUCUGUGUCAUAGUAUUUUGUUCAUAUUUUCAAACAGCAAGAAUUAGCAAGAAUAUUAUCAUCAGAAAAAUCCUCCAAGAUAAUUAUUUGCCAUCUCACGAUAAAUACGAUACAUACAAGUCAAUGAUGUAAGCGUGAAUGAAGGACUCACUGUCGUAGCUGACACAGAGCAGAAUAACAAACAAACAUGGCCAACAGUCAUGAAGAUUGGGGCUAAUAAGUGCAAUCAGGUAUGCCUGAAAUCGGAGAGUGGAUCUGCUGUUCACUUUGUGCAAUAAGAGUUUUGAAUAAAUGUUUAAAGUGUUUUCACAUUUCAGACUUGUUUGAUGUCAUUAGUUUUCUCCAUAACCUACCACAUAAGCUGAUUGUUAAGUAUCUUAUUUGACAAUGCCAACUGGUGUAUUCCAUCCAAGAAUAAUGUUUAUGGGAUUCUCAAGAGAGAAUGAGUCAAAAACAUGGAUUUAAAUUCCAAUGUUUUUUAUCGGGACUUUUAACGUAAUCGCCAGAAUGGCAAAACUUAUCAUCAUAAAUUUUUAGCCCAUAUCGCCCAUCCCUAUACCAUACUGACCCAAACAAAAGACAAGGAUCUUUUCUUUAAAGACACCUUUAAAAGGUGGGAUUAUCUUUUAUCUUGAGGUUAUACAGGAAGUGUACCAAUUAUCUGAGUGUACCCCUCAUGUUAGAUGCCAGCAGUCACUCAGCACUAUGUGCUAGAAGGUAGAAGAUAAACAAAGUUGUACUAAAGUUAGACAAGUUACUAUGAUUUUUAAGAGAGAAAAUUGUUAUUGAUGCAAAAGAGAUAUUUAAAAAGGGUGCUUGAGAAAGCAAAUCCAAAGAGAUUUCUUUAAAAUUGUGUGUGUGUGUGUGUGUAUUUUACUGAAAACAGAUGAAAGGUAUGCCCACCAGCAGACUUGUCGUUUAUAAUGGGCUGCAGCUUACUUAAGGUAUUCAAUAAGGGCUCGGUAAGGUAUUAAAGUGCUGGUACCAUUAGAGCUUUAUUUAAAACACAUCAUUGCAAAUUUGCCUAACAGUGAUUAUUUACUUCCCAAGAUAUUGAAUCUGUUUGUUUUAUUGUGCUCACUUGAAAUUGUUGUCUUAAAAACAAGGUUUGGUUUUUGUAAAAUUAUUCUUGAUUAGAGGGGUUCAUCUCAAAAUCAGGACCAUCAUAAUCGGGUCAAUACAGUACAAACUUCCGGUAUGUUGUAGUUAUUAAAUAACUUUCCUGUAUUUUUAUUCUUCUAUUUUGGGGGGAAUGUUUAAAAAAAAACAAAAAAAAAACAUUGAACUGUCACAAACCAUCUUUGUGCUAGGGCAGUUUGUUGUUUUUCCACAUGUUCUUCCAUAUUUGUUUCUUGUCAGUCUCACAUGAGUAGGUGAGGUUUUACUGGGAUGAUGUACGAUGGAUGGGAUUUUAAAAGCGGGUGUAAAAACACAAUAAUUGCAAUAACAAAAUAAUCACCAACAACAUUCUAUGCAAAGCAUAGCAGUAUCAAUACACCUGUUUAAGUUAUCUGGGCCACGUUCAGUUCUGGAUCAAUAUUCCUCUAAAAAUCUUGGAGGGCUUUUUUUUUUUGUAAUUCUUAGUUUGUGUUUUCAAGUAUAAGUUGAUAUCCGUAGAUGAAUGACGGCUUUUUGCUUCUGUGUCUCUGCAGGUCCCCGAUCGCUUCCUUGAGGUGGCUGAGAUUACACUGAGGGAGUUCUUCAAUGCUAUAGUGGCUGGCAAAGAUGUGGACCCGUCCUGGAAGAAGGCCAUCUACAAGGUCAUCUGCAAACUGGACAGCGAGGUCCCUGAGAUCUUCAAGUCCCCUAACUGUCUUCAAGAGCUUCUACAUGAGUAAAUUUUUUCCUCCUCCUCCUCCUCGCUCGACGCUUUGCGCUUUUUUUAAGUUUCCCUGAUUUUCUUAGAAUUUUAAAAUACUCUCUUUUGUUUUUUUUCUUUUUUCUUCCCAAUUUUACUUUGGAUUUCCUGUUUUUAAUUCUUUUUUUUUAUUUUAUUUUUGAAUGUAUGAAAGUUAUGAAGUAGCAUUCCCAAUCUAAAGCCUCUGUGGCAGUUCCUAAAUGACCUAGCUAUCGUGUUGUUGUUCUUAUAUGAUAAUUAUCAUGAUGGUUAUUUUUUGUUUUUGUUUUUCUAUGAUUCUGAAUUGAAGAGACUCUAAUUUUAUUGGGUGUUUUCUCUUUGGACUGUAUGAACCCUCAUCUGUUUGGCCUGUUUUUUGAUCAACACUAACUAAAAACAUAGGCUGGGUUCCCUAAAGACUUUACUUAUGGCACUCUCGGAUGUCCCUCCAACCCACUGGGCAUCCAAAUGAACAGUUCCUGCAAAGUGCAAAGUGGGUUUCCAGUGGACUGUGCUACUGAAGAUGUCCCUAACAAGGACAGUCACACACAUGCACACAAAAACAAGACCUAGUGAGGUUAAUGACUGGACUUAGGCUGGACUCACGUUCCUGGUCUUGGGACUUGGACCGGUUUCAAAUAGCUACUGAGCUCUACCAUGUUUUGAAGUGUGUUUUUCCCUGCAAGUAAGGCAUUGUGUUUAUGGGCUGUACAUUAUUAUUUUGAUUAUUAUUAUUGUUGUUUAUGGUUAUUAUUAUUUGUCAUCACUGCUUGCUGAAGAUUGGCACUUCGAGAUUUGUUUGUCCCUUGAUGCCGUUGCAGAAAAAAAUAAAUUAUUGCUAUUAAUAUUAUUCCACAAGAGUUUAGAUUCUGACAUAUUUCACCACCAUUUACCCAUCCUUCUUUACUCUUGUUCUUUGUUUUCAGUGUCUGAGUUUGACUUAGAUUUUGUGUAUUUAGACUUUUAUCUGAAAACUGAUUACACGUAUGAUUUUAACAGAGGACCAUCAUAGUGGGCUGCUUUAUAUAACUCAAGUGGCUAGCUCGCCCUGACAGAAACAGUGCAGACGUAAAGGAAUUAGAGAUCGUAGUAAAGCAGUGUGGCCUUUAGGUGCUUUCCUGGAUAUUUUACAUCACUAAUCUUACACAGUCACUCAAGCUUUAAAAACUAAACUAGCCAGUCUUCAACAAUGAAAUAAUACUGCAUACACAAUAGUUUUGUUUAGUCUUUUUGAAGCACUGCUUACCACACAGCUCAUGUGUGAGAUGAAGUUAGCCUGUUAGUAUGGUGGGCUUUUCCUUACAAGGUGUAAUUUACAUCAUGAAGUUAUUUCAAUAGCAGCUGAUACUUGAAUAUAUCGAAAUACUGUAACCAUCUAAAUACAGUGUGUCAAACAAUAGGAAAUUAAACACAGACAAGUAGAAGCAUCACAGAGAUGGAGAUAACCCAAGGAGGGUUAAGACGGAGGAGAAUGUUAAUUAAUUCUGCCGCGAGUAAGAAUCCAUCCUCAUACACAUACAAGCACGCACAUCCAGUUCCUUUCCUCCGAGCUCACCUGCCUGUGAGUGAUCUACCUUCUCUCUUAUUGCAGAGGUCAGGGGUGAGCGCUCACCUCAGGGGUAAAUGGAGAUGUUCUCAGCACUACAAAGAGCAGGGACAAAGGCACAGAGUGAGAAGCAACACGCACCUGUAACCCUUCAGCUCUGUCCCUUCACCUGAAAUGGGCAGCUUUUAGGACCCACAGUAAGAUUCUGUUAAAACCACUGUGCCCAGUUUGUUUUACCCCAUUACUCAUACUUUACCUCUUUACCUGAGAUCUUUCCACUAGUUACAUUUUUUUUAAUUUCUAUUUUCUUGUCUGCCCUGAACGCUCUUUAAGAAUUUAAAGAUGCAGUCGACUUGAGUGUCUUUUUUAACGACAAAUUUCAAGUAAAUGAGAAGAACAGAAUACUUUCCAGAGAGCGUGCGAACUAGCUGUUGAUCUUCUAUUGGCGACAUCAGCUUAUAGUAAGUGUAUGUGUGUGUGUGUGCGUGUGUGUAUCUGUGGGUAUGAGUGUCACAAAAGAUCAAAAGGGCCAGGUUGCUUAACCUGCUGACUUGCCUUAGCGAGACAAAACGCCUGACAAAAGGAGACAGAGAAAGACGGAGAGCUACUCCCUUCAUUAUGUCCCCCAGCUCCUCCGCCCCGAACAGUUUUCUUCUUAAGAUCCGUUGCCCUGAGAGAGUUAGCCGAACACAUUUCUCACUGAAGGAUGGGCUAGGCCCCACAAGUCUCAGAGUCUCAAAGCGCCAUAAACAAAGGAGAAAGGAAAGGACACUUUUAUCUGGUGCACAGAUUAUUAUUGCUCUCCCACCACCCCCACACCCACCCCCCCUUUCCUGCAACCUCGCCCUAAAGUUAAAGAGUCCUUGCGCCUAAAAAGAUUAAUUCAGGAUAAUGAAGACUUGUUUGCAAAAAAAAGGAAUGGAUUAGCAAGACCUUAAUACCACGUUGAAAAUAUUUUUGUCAAGGUUUCCUUUUUGUUGUGGUUGUCUGAUUUUAAGGAUAACAUUAUUGAGAUACUUAUAUAGGCUUUUUUAAGAAUUGUAAAAGAUAAAUCUAUGGAAAAAAUAUAUACAGCGUUGGAAGGACUUUGGAAGGCACUGGUAGAAAAUGUUUCAUAACACGAAUCUUGAGUGUAUUUUCAGCAGCGGCUUUGUUUAAAUCUGUAUUCUGAACAAGUGAUUUGUUAGUAGUUUAGGAGGAGUAGUUGUAGGUUGUUUCUUUUUUUUUCAGGUUUUGUGACCACUUUUUCCAUUUUAGUUUAUUUUUAUUACACUGAAUGGCUGUCUUCUUGAGAUAAGAAAAUAAACUUGGAGUAUGUUUUAAGAGUAUGAAAUAUUGUUGUUGCUACUGUAAAUACGGUCAGGACGAGACAAAGAAUAGCUGUACAGUUUUUCUAUUAUCACUCAGAGUGCUACGAUGGGCUGAGAGUGGUUAAAAAAGGAAGGGAGGAAACAAAACUCCAAACUGGACUCAUAACCACUCUUCCAGGAAAAAAAAAUUUGUCUUUUUUUUUUUCUUUUUUUCUCUACCAUGCCUUUAACGGGGGUCUGUUUCCCGUCGGCAGUGCCCUUGAAGUUGCACCAGCAUCCGUUUCUUUAAUUUUUGCUGACAGAACGAUGCAUCAGGCUAGCGGUCGGGUAAUGAUGAUGUCACAGAGUGGCCCAUUGGCAGUCUGUGGACCAGGUCUCAUCCAAAAACAAGGGCAGACUGGCGCGGGCAAAGCUCUAGAUUUGACCCGGGGAAAGAGAGAGACAGGAACUCAUUGUCAUCAGAAGAGUAAAGUCAUAGAGGGGGCACAUGUACAGUAACAUUUCAAAAGAUGAGACUGCUGUGGAAAAGAGAGGAGAGGAGUGAUUUAUACCCUUUUUUACCGGGUUCAAACAGUUGGGAAAAGUCUGGAUUUAUAUGGAAUUUUCUGUAGGCUUUGCAUCGUGUGUUUGCGUGUGUGUGUCUGUGUGAGAGAAAAGACCGAUUAUGAGAACCUGUGAACUAGUGAGUGACACAAUUCUCAACACUGUGGCCCCUCCCCCACCCCUGGGAGUACCAUCCUGACAUGUAAAUGAUUCUCAUUAAGCGUUGGCAACAUGUGUUUGGUGUGUGUGUGCGUGUGUGUGUGCGUGUGUGUGUGCGUGUGUGUGUGUGGCGAUAAUUUCCUCUGAUCUGUUUUCUGACCUGUUUGAAAGAGGUUUUUGUUUCUCGAUGCUUUCACUAGUAAUUCUUUUUUUUUUAUGAUUAUUAUUAUUAUGACACUGCUCCUCUUUUUUUCUGUAAAUAUAAAUGAUGUGGACUUACAGUGAUAAAUACUGCCUUUGUGUAACUUCGCAAUAUGUCAUGUAAAUAGUAUUUUGUUGAAGCUUUUUGUAUGACAUUAUUAUUCAAUUCUAGUGCAGUAAUUCCAACUGGAGCAGCCAUGGUUUAAACACAGUCUGGGUAGUUACACACAGGUUGUGAAAUAAAAAUCACAUGGCUGCUUUUUUCUGUUAUUGGUGUCUUUUUGUCUUGCAGAUUUUGUGUAAUUUAUUGGUUUAAUUUAUCCUAAUUUAUUUGAUGUUGUUUUUCUUUUUCUUUUUUUUUUUCAAACAGGGAAGGCUGUACUGCAUUUCACUAAAUAGUACCAACUUCAAAAGACUCAAAUCCUUACCUAUUGAAAUUUGAACUUCAAACAAUGACAUUCAAUUGAGAAAUUGCAAAAAUGGAAAUCAUGGCAGCUAAAUGGACCUGGACAUUUUUUCUUUUUUUUUUUUCUUUCAAAUAAGCGUUGUUAUGUUUUAUUCCAGGACAGGGCCGAGGGUGGGCUAGAAAGUUGAAACUAGUUUGAAGCAUUUUUGUAUUUUCUCUCGAGAUUUUUCCCCCAGUAUUGUUUAGGCCCAGCCAAAAAACAACCAGUAGUCAAAUUGCCUUUCGUGCCUUCACCCUCUAUGAACUGAAUGUAUGUGCAGUAUAUAUGCAAGCUUGUGCAAAAUGAAUAAAAAUUGGAAAUAAAAAUGAAAAUGAGAGUUACAAAAA